CCAAUAGCCAGAUAAGAAGGCGAUCGGGCGCUGCUGAAAGUGCUUCAGAGAGAGAGAGAGAGAGAGAGAGGGAGGAGUAGUAAUCAUGGGGAAGACUCCGGUGAAGAUGAAGGCGGUGGUGUACGCGCUGUCGCCGUUCCAGCAGAAGGUGAUGCCAGGUCUGUGGAAGGAUAUACCUGGUAAGAUCCACCACAAAGUCUCCGAGAACUGGAUCUCCGCCACCCUCCUCGUCACCCCCCUCGUCGGCGUCUAUACGUACGUCCAGAAUUUUCAGGAAAAGGAGAAGAUGGAGCACAGGUACUGAAGGGAGCCAAGUGCUUCAAGUGAAGACCAUUUUUCUAUUAACUCUUGAAUAAUAACCCUGUCAUGUAACUGUUGCAACUCUAUUGAGUUAUUUCCAGACGCUAGCUACUCAUGUUUUUGCAAAUUCAUGUUUUCCUGCUACUUUCCCUUUUUGAAAGGUUUGUGGUUAAUUCGAGUCACUGGAUGAAUGUUAUGCCUAGUUAUGGAAAA